AUGGCUUUUUCCAGCUACACUGCAGUGUUCAGAUCACUGCUUUUGGUGCAGGUUCUAGUACUCACCGUAAGGAGCUCACCCCAUGGGAGGGUGAACCCUCAACUCCUCAAGGACAGUAGCUCUGUGAUGCUUAGUGAAGAUUGCCUGAACCAAAAGGAUCUCAAGUUCCCUACAACGGUGAAAGUUGACAUUCGUAUCAGCAAUUCAGGUCAUGCCUUUAGGACUGUCCAUGAUGUCAGGAACCGGUCUCUUGCUCCUUGGGAUUACAGGCUUGAUGAGGACCCCAACCGCUUCCCCCAGGUGAUCGCCGAUGCCAAGUGCCGCCUCUCCGGCUGCAUGAACCCACUGGGGCAGGAGGACCACAGCCUCAACUCCGUCCCCAUCCAACAGGAGAUCCUUGUCCUCCGGCGGGAGCAGUGGGGCUGCUCGCCCACCUACCGCCUGGAGAAGAAAGUCAUCACCGUGGGCUGCACGUGUGUUGCUCCAAUCAUCCACCAACAGUCCUAG